UAGUUUGCAAGGUAAAAGUCCGAGGACGAAGUUUACACAAAUGACAUUUCCGGCGUAAACAAUGGCCGCCCCUGAAAAGAAACUUGUUCGAUCUAAAAGUGGUCUUCGUAUGGUGACAGUCGACGACGAAGAAACUAGUCCAUUUCUUUUGAUGGAACCACCAUGGGUCCCUGAUAAUGAGUGUGAUUGUUGUCAGAGUUGUAGAGGCAAGUUUGAUUUCCUCAGGAGAAGAAAGCAUCACUGUAGAAGAUGUGGGCGGUGUUUUUGUGAUAAUUGUUGCAAAACAAAAGUAGCUCUGCCCAGAAUGUGCUUCAUUGAUCCUGUACGACAUUGUGCAACAUGUACAGAUACCACAAAGAAAGAAAAUGAAUUCUUCGAUAAACAUGUCAAAACUCUUGUCAAUGGUGGACAAUUCAUGUUGUCUGGAAAGGACCAAUCAGACAUCGAAUCACAGUUUCUGUGUAAAUUAUCAUCAGAUCACAGAUUUUUAAAUUUUGAAGCAGAGAGUGAUAAAUAUGAGUCCAUUAAAGUGUCUAAUUUGGAGUCUUUACAGAUCAUGGCCAACAGUAGAGAUGAUGAAGGAAACACACUUGCCACUGGUCUUGCAUUGAAAUAUAAGAAUAGCAAUGAUGUAAUGACAAUGGUGAAGAUGGUUGUCACAACAGGGGCCAAUAAGAAACAAGCACAGAUAUGGAUAGCUGCUAUGCAAAAGGCAUUUAAAAUGGUGUAUGAAGGUAGACAGGCACUGAGGGCAUAAUGAAAGAAAAACAUUUUCCUUCUUCUGUUAUUGUUUAUAAAAACUUAAAUAAACGUUGCAAUUUUAAGAAUUGAAUUAACUCUUAAUUCAGCACCUCAGUCUGAUGAUGAAGAUAUAUUUUCUGUUUUUGAAUUGUAUAUGAGUUGUAAUGUCAGAUUACCGAUAACAAAUUGCAGAUAAAACUUAAAUAAGUCCAGUUUGCACUGAAAUUGUGAUAAAAAAUUCAUUGGAAAUUACAAAAAAAAAAAUCAAUUUUAAUGGUAUGAGAUGUUGAUAGUAUUUACUUGCAGAAGGAAUAAGGAAGAUAUUUAAAUGACGGUGAAGUCUUUAUUGUGUGUUUUUUUGUUUUUUUUUAAGAUUUGGCUAAAACCAUGAUUAAGAUUAAGUUUUUAUGCAAGGUCUCUGUUCGUCUAAGGUGCUGAAUUUGACAGUAAUCAUUUAGUACAUUUUAAAAUAUUUUUUUUAAGGUAAUUCAAAUGUGAUAUUGUGUGUACAUAAAUCAGCAUCAGAGUUGUUGUAUUAUUGAGGUAUUUGAAGGGCAUUGUUACUUACUUUUAGCAUUAGUAAAGAUUUAAUGAAGAGAAGGUGACAUUGGGAACAGAAUAUGUACAACAUGCUAGAAAUAUUUUGCCUAGAUAUUGAUUUUAAAGCCCAAAUAUUGAAAAAGAUGUUUUAUGUCAUUGUUCAUGUUUAACUUAAUUAAUAAUAAAUUGAUUAUGAUAUCGACUUUUUAUAGCAAUAUAGCGCUUAUUUAUCAGACAUCAAUGUUAUUUGAUCAGAAAAAGGUCACAAAUCAAUGUAUAAAGCUUUAAACACUGUGCUAUUUUUAUUUGACUGUAAUUAAUUUAAUGAUGUUAUUGUAUAAAUCACAAAUGGUGGUCUGAGACAUUAACUGGUAGUCAAGAUUGUUGACCAUCCCUGAAGUAAUACAGUCAAGAUAGGUCUUGUUUGUUCUUAUAUUUUGUUUUGUUAAAGAAAAAAAUGCGUAUUAAGUUAUGUAGUUUCCCUGAGAAUAUUAAGGGAAAUUCAAGCAGUUUCUGUUUUUACUUUCCAUUCUAAAUAAAUUUUAUCAUUUUGUCUACCAUUUUGCACAGCUUUAGUUUGAAAAGACUGUUACGGCAAUCAUACAAAAGAGCCCUUGUUUUGUCCACUUGUUAAAAUAGUUUAUAGAUGAUAACUUUAGAUGUCUAUGGAAUAUAAGUUAACAGCAUUCCUAUUAUCCUUCACACAUAUUUUUUUUGUACAACAAUGCCAGUUUAAUUGCAUCUAAUUAUAUUUGCUUGAUACCAAUGUAUUUUAUAUAUUCUCUGAGAAAUAAUUUAACUGUUCCCUGGGAUACAAAUUGUGGUAGUGAAAUUCAUGUAGGUUUGUACAAUCUUAAAAGUAUAAAAUGCAAAUAAAAAUUACUUUGAAAUAUUAGUUAUAUAAAUUUUUCAGCAUUUUUAUUUUUAUUACACAAAUAAUUAGAAAUUAAAGAUAAAAUUACAAGAAAUAGAUCUGGCUACACUUAUUUUAAAAAAACAAACAGCAUAAUUAUAUAGGCAGCGAAAAAACCCAUCAUUUGUUUUGUUUUUAAAUUGAUAGAUAAAAGAAUUUUUAAAAGUAGUCUCAGCGGUAGGUGUCUUUAAACUCUCAGCGAAUAUAUUAUAUGAUUUUUACCCUCAACACUUUAUUAAAUAAAUUAAUUGCACAAAAGCAUAUUAAGCAUAUUAUAACAAGCUGCUGAAUUCAUAAAUAUAAUCCCAUUGAAGCAUUACAGGAUCAAAUUUUGGCAAACAUGUAUAUUCCCAAAAGACUAAGCAUUUUAUUCAGGGAUAUGGGUAUACUUUGGUGUGCAAUUUUAUAUGUAUAUGUACUUAAAUGCAAUAAAUCUGUAUAAUGUAUAGUUUUGAAUGCCUCAUUGUUUUUGGCCAGAAUUAUAUAUGCUUCAUUAAUGUUCAAAUAUUUCACACUUUAAAAAUAUUUUUCACCAAAUUUUGUAGACACGAAAUGUAACAUAUAUCACUUACAAAUUAAGGAUGUUUGCUUGUCAUGUUUUGGGAUUUUUGAUAGAUUUUCAAAAUCCUCUGUUGUUUUUUUCCAUUUGAAUGCCUUAAAAAAUUAUGCUCAUUGACCCCCAUUUUUCUUUUUAUAAAUCUUUUACAUGUAUAAUUAUAAGUCAUCUGUAAAAGUCUUAUAAAAUCUUCGUUAUUUUUUAAUAGUUUUUGAGAACUUAAACUUGUCAUUGAUAAAUCAAGAAAAGUCAAGAGAGAACAUCUUCCUGUCAAAAUUUCAAUGGCUAAUAACUUGAAAAACAAGCACAUUGACCUAUAUAUUUACUCUUUUGGUCCCCUAUCAAUAUUUACUAGUGUAUUUUAUUUUGAAAAUAAGUAGCGAACCUCCUUAUUGCCAGUGAAUUAUUCAUUUCCAAGAUGACCAAAAGUGCUAACAUUGUUUACCAGUGUCUAUUAUGUGAAAGGGAAGAAAAGAUAUAUAAUGGAAACAUAAGGAGUAUAUAAAGAAUAGUUUGGUUGAUAUAUGUAUUGUUAUCAUUGUAUCAAUGCUUGCCAUAGUGAUCAAGAUUUUAUAAGAAUUUUUAUAUUGUUUAAUAGUUUAUUAUGUUCUCAAACUGUUUUUGUUGUUGAAUAUUGUUGAAUUGAAAAAAUCAGCAGAUGAAUAUGAUUUUGUGUAUAUAAAAAAGUAUAAACUUUAAUUUAAAAGGCGUUACAAGGUGCACAAUAUGGUUGGUGAGAGUUGGUUGUUUUUAAACUAUUAUAUUGAAAAUAAUUAAAUAUUUUGUCUAAUAAUAAAUAGCUGCAAAUAUUUAGACAAUAACAAAUAAUAGCUCAAUAUUCUCAUUCAUUGGUAUAAAGGACCAACUCAAUCAUUAUAUUGCAAAUAGGUAAAAUCAUUGUUGUAAAUGACAAUAGUCUUAAUUUAACUCAAAGAAUGAAGUUAAUGCACAUUUGCAUUGACGAAUAAUCAUUUGUAAAGUAAAAAAAGUUACUUUUUAUUAAGUUUUGUUCUGUAUGGGAGAUAACCCAAUUUGAAAAGUGUUUCACCUCCAAUUUCAAAUAUAUUUUUAUGUUUGUUCUUUACCAAGGGUAAACAUUACCUUAUGUAAGGUUAUUUUUCACUGACAUUUACUAAGAAAAUAUUGUUUGUUUUAUUAUCUCAGAAAAUUUUAGAACAAGGACCUGUUCUCAAUAACUGUAUAAGUUAUUUAGGAAAAUAAACUAAACUGCAGGCAAUUUAUAAAUGCUGGGAUAACUCUUCCAUUAUAUCUUGCUAGUGAAAAUACGAUACUUAUUCUUAAGAUAAUUUGAAUUGAUAAAUAAUUCAAAUAUGAAUAAAUAUAUUUAAAUAGAAAUUGAUUGAUAUAUAUAAAGGAAAAUUUGUUGACUAGCAAUAUAGAUUUUUCAUGUUUUGAUUAUACUUAGUAUUGAUUUGGUUAUAGACUAUGCACAUAAUAUAAUAAACAAAUGACACAUUUUAUGUUAGCCGCUUUGUUUUAUAGUGCUUUAUGAGAUAGUGCUUUGUAAAAUAUAUAUACUAUUAAAAUUAUAAAAGAU